AUGUCAUCAAGAUUGGAAUCAGCAAGUCACAAACUCGUCAUCACAAAGGAGAUUUUGGGGUUCUUAAACCUUGGUUGGGUUGCAGGACUUCUACCAUUUCAUCCUGAUUUGCUAGGUUUGGUUCAGCAUUUCCUUCUACUUUUCUUGAUGUGGCCAGACCUUAUUCAGAAAUCCAAAGAUGGAGGAAUUGAUGUCAUUGAGACUUAUGUUUUCUGGAACUUACACGAACCUGUUCGACGCCAGUACAAUUUUGAAGGUAGGGGUGAUUUGGUUGGAUUUGUGAAGGCAGUAGCAGCAGCAGGUCUAUAUGUUCAUCUCCGGAUCGGUCCAUACGCUUGUGCAGAAUGGAAUUACGGUGGUUUCCCUCUUUGGUUGCAUUUUAUUCCGGGAAUUAAGUUCAGAACUGAUAAUGAACCAUUCAAGGCAGAAAUGAAACGGUUUACAGCAAAGAUUGUGGAUUUGAUGAAGCAAGAGAAUCUCUAUGCAUCACAAGGAGGACCUAUCAUUUUAUCUCAGAUUGAAAAUGAGUAUGGAAACGUUGAUAUACACUAUGGUCCUGCUGGUAAAUCUUACAUCAAUUGGGCAGCAUCGAUGGCUACAUCUCUUGAUACAGGUGUUCCCUGGGUUAUGUGCCAGCAAGUAAACGCGCCUGAUCCAAUUAUUAACACAUGCAAUGAAUUGUCGGAUUUUGGCUAUUUUAUUAUUAUGGCUUGUGGAAUCACUGUUUUGCAGCAAAUAGAUAUCAGCUUCAUAUAUCAUAUAAUCCGUGGUCAAGCAACAAUCAAACUGUAUGUGAUCUACAACGUCUUAGAGGGAGGUCAAAAGCAAAGAGUUGCAAUUGGAAGAGCAAUUUUGAAAGAUCCAAAAAUAUUACUUCUUGAUGAAGCUACAAGUGCCCUUGAUGCCGAGUGUGCAUGUAUUGAUACUAACUUGUGCAUUUGUAUGUUCUUUUUAAACCUUGGUGAUUUCCUUGUGCAGAAACUAGGGGAAGGUGUGAAAGGGGUGUAUAUCUCGAUAGACGUGGAUUGUCUUGAUCCUGCAUUUGCUCCGGGAGUGUCUCAUAUUGAACCGGGAGGUCUUUCUUUCCGCGAUGUUCUUAACAUCCUACACAAUCUUCAAGGUGAUGUUGUUGCUGGAGACGUCGUUGAACUCAACCCACAACGCGAUACUGUUGAUGGAAUGACUGCUAUGGUAGCUGCUAAGUUGGUCAGAGAAAUGGCUGCAAAGAUUGCAAAAUGA